AUGUCGCCCUCGGUGCAGAAUAGCCACUUCAAACUGCUGCAGCAGUUCAAGCCGGACUAUUCGCCGAGCGAGUUCACUCAGUAUGAGUCGGAACGCACUGGCAUGAGAGUGGUGGUCAUCGACCAAAAAGGCCCAAAGGUCAAUGGGUACUUUGUGCUUGCCACGGAGAUCCAUGAUGAUUCAGGCGCCCCGCAUACAUUGGAGCAUCUAUGUUUCAUGGGCUCUCGCAACUAUCGCUACAAGGGCUUUUUGGAUAAGCUAGCGACCCGAGUGUACUCCAGCACCAACGCAUGGACUGCUACUGACCACACGGCUUAUACGCUGGACACGGCAGGCUGGGAAGGCUUUUCUCGAAUCCUGCCAGUCUACCUGGAGCAUGUGAUUGCGCCGACUCUGACUGAUGAAGGUUGCUAUACCGAAGUGCAUCAUAUUGACGGCACCGGCAAUGAUGCGGGAGUUGUCUAUUCGGAGAUGCAGGGCGUCCAAAACAAUGCCGCAGAGCUCAUUGAUUUGACGGCCCGCCGGCUUACCUACCCUGAGGGCGUGGGUUUCCGGUAUGAGACUGGUGGUAUGAUGGAGCAGCUCCGUGUGCUCACGGCCGACCGCAUUCGGGAAUUUCACCGUGAAAUGUACCAGCCUAAGAAUCUGUGUUUGAUCCUCACCGGAGAGGUGGACCAGAAGAACAUGUUGGAAAUUUUAGACAAGUUUGAAGACACUAUCUUGGAUGUUAUUCCUAGCCCCGACUCGCCAUUCACGCGGCCCUGGGUUGACUCGAAGCAAGCUCCGGCACUGGAGAAGUCGAUUAUCAAGACAGUGGAGUUUCCCGAGGAGGAUGAGUCGUCUGGUGAGAUUGAAAUUCGGUUUUUGGGACCGGAUUGCACCGAUCCUGUUCAAACCGGUGCCGUGAAUGUGUCACUAUUGUAUCUGGCUGGCUCGUCUGCAUCUCUGUUGGAAAAUAUCAUUGUCGAGAAGGAGCAACUUGCCAGUGCAGUCUACUACGCAACGGAAGACCACCCCAGCAUGGAGAUUCGGUUUACUCUCACCAGCGUGGAGACAGAAAAGCUCGCACAGGUGGAGAAGAGAUUCUUCGAGAUCCUGAACGAUGCGAUGAGCAAAAAGCUGGACAUGAAGUAUCUGAAGGAAUGCAUUGACCGGCAACGCCGGACUUGGAAGUUCUCGACAGAGAACUCCGCCUCAUCGUUCGCUGAGUAUGUCAUUUCAGACUUUCUGUUUGGAAAGCGAGAUGGCUCCACGAUGUUGGAUGUUGCAUCAUUGAAGGAAUACGACAUCUUAGAGAACUGGACCGAGGGUGAAUGGCGCACUUUCAUUAAGAAAUGGAUCGCCGAUGCCCCUCAUGUCACUAUCUUGGGCGUUCCGUCCAAGAAGAUGUCUGAGAAACUGAAGAAGGACGAGGAGGCCCGCGUUGCUGCGCAGAAGCAACGUUUUGGUGAAAAUGGACUCAAGGAACUCGCCGACAAGCUCGAGAAGGCAAAGGCUCAGAACGACAAGGAGGUCCCGAAGGAGUUGCUGGAGGCGUUCCGUAUUCCUGGAACCGAGUCAAUUCAUUUUACGGAGACCACGACCGCCCGAUCCGGCGCUGCUCUGAAAGCUGGUCAUCCUGAGCACAAGAUCCAGAAGCUCGUUGAUGCGGACGAGUCGGGCCUUCCGCUCUUUAUCCACUUCGAGCACAUCAGCAGCAGCUUUGUGCAGCUGUCGGUUCUCAUCUCGGCAAAAUCUGUACCAGUUCAACUCCGACCUUUGUUGGCGGUCUACACCGAGGCUUUCUUCAGCAUCCCGGUUCAGCGCGAUGGCAAGACGAUCGACUUCGAAGAAGUCAUCGUGGAAUUGGAGCGAGAUACUGUUGGAUACGGAAUGGAGGGUGCUCGCAGCCUUGGAAACUCAGAGAUGCUGCGCGUUUCCUUCCAGGUGGAGCUGGAGAAGUAUAACACUGCCAUCGCCUGGAUCCAGGAACUAUGCUGGAACUCAAUCUUCGACGUGGAACGCCUGCGCGCCAUCACCACCCGCCUCCUGGCCGAUGUACCCGACUCCAAGCGCAGCGGCGAUGACAUGCUCGCUGCCGUGCACGUCAUGGUCCACUACGGAGAAGAGUCCAUCGUUCGGGCCCGGUCUACUCUGGUCAAGGCACGUUACCUCAAGCGUGUCAAGCGCCUGCUCGCCGAGCAGCCCGAUUCGAUUGUGAGCCGCAUGGAGGAGAUCCGCAAGUCACUCUUCCAGCCCGAAAACGUGAGGGUGAUUGUGAUCGCCGACCUCGAAAAGCUCCCUCGCCCUGUCUCCUCGUGGAAGACAUUUGCCGACCGUCUGGGGACCAGCACCACCCUGCAGCCCAUCACCAACCGACGCGCCUUGCUCAGCGAUGCCGGCAAGCAGAUCGGCGGCGAGUUCUACAUCGUCCCCAUGCCGACAGUGGACUCGUCCUACCUCUACGCCACAGGCCGCGGCCUCGACUCCUACGACCACCCGAAGCUGCCGGCGCUACUCGUCGCAAUCGCCUACAUGAACGCCGUCGAGGGUCCCCUGUGGGUCGCCGUACGCGGCACCGGUCUGGCCUACGGCACCAACUUCGCAUACAACAUCGACACGGGCUUUGUGAAUUUUGACGUGUACCGCUCUCCAAACGCAUACAAGGCGUUCGAGUCCAGUAAAGAACUCGUGGAGAGCCAUCUGUCCGGCGCCACGUCCUUUGACCCGCUGAUGCUGGAGGGUGCUAUCAGCAGUAUUGUGGUCAGCUUCGCCAAUGAGCAGACAACCGCUGCCAGCGCUGCGCAGGGUAGUUUCAUUCGCCAAGUCGUGCGCAAUCUGCCCGCUGAUUACAAGGAGCGGAUGCUCAAGAAGGUGCGCGAUAUCAGUGUCGAAGAGGUGAAAGGUGCUCUGCGGGAUCUUCUCUUGCCGCUGUUUGCGCCGGAUACUGCUAAUGUGGUUGUGACCUGUGGCACGGUCUUGGAGGAGUCCAUCAAGAAGAGCUUCGAAACCUCUGGGUUCACGCCCAAGGUCCAGCUCCUCAAGGAUUUCGAGGAUGACUAUGGCCUCAAGCUGGAUGGUGAUGAAGAAGAGGAUGAGGAUGAUGACGACGACGACGACGACGAAGACGACGAGGAAACUGGUUCGGAGGAGAGUGAUGAGGAUGAUGAUGAGUGA